ACGCGCGCACAGAUUUUUCGUCCAAUUUCCGAAAGAAAAUUAGCGAACGCGAGUGAAAUUUUGCCGCCGUACGCGUGUGUAAAAGUCGAGUGACCGUGCGGAUUUGUGCCGUUUUUGUGCUCCCGUGUCUACUACGGUGAAAAUGUGUAACGUCAUGGCGCGGACAUUACUCGUGCCCUCGUCUCGCUCCGAAGAAUAUAAUGUAAAUAAUCAAUAUUAACUGCCCGAGAGCGAUUCAGCUCCGAAAUAUAAUAAAACUCGUCGCCAGAGUCGCGAUCGUCAUGGAUUGGAAUUGCCGCGAUUCUAACAAUGGACUUUCACGCAGCCGUGGACGAUAGACUCCGUAUCCUGCUGAAGGAGGGUGCAACCUGUCCCGCGGACAGCGAGUCCGACGAGCUCAAGUUGCCCGACUACUUCGACGCGACCAAGUUCCGACUGGGCCAGCAGGCCUUCUACAACAAUGUCUUCAGCAUGAUGGUGGCCAAGCUCUCGGGCUUGCUCACUUUAUUGGCGGUGCCCUCGAUCCUCGACAUACUCAUCUACACGCGACAAAGCGGGACGCCGUGCACGGCGUUUCGCCGCUACGUAUCGACCAUACUGCACACCUUCGUCUGGUACGAGAAGGACCCGAUACAGCAGAACGAAUUCUUCAAGUCGCUGCACAAUGUGCGCAAGAAGCACUGCAUCGUGUCGCGGCGCAGCUCCGAGGCCGGCCUGGGCCGCAUCACCCAGCUCGACAUGGCCCUGACGCAGUUCGGCUUCAUCGGCUUCACGUUGCUCAGCGGCGACGAGCUCGGCGUCAAGACCACCGAGGCCGAGCUCGACGGCCUCAUACACUUCUGGCGCGUCAUCGGACAAUUGCUCGGCAUGGACGAGAGAUACAACCUGUGCAAUGGCACCGUGGAAGAGUGCCGAGCUCUCUGCCGGCGCCUGCUCGACCACGUCUUUCUGCCCUGCUUCGCCAAUCGCAACAAGAACUUCGAGGCCAUGGGCAAGGUACUGCUCGAGGGCUUGUGGCCCGUGAAUCCCCAUCUCGACCCGCAGGCCUACACGGCCUUCACGAUGCAGCUCGCCGUCUCGGCGGCGACCAACAACAAUCACUCGGUGACGAUCGACGUCGCGGGCAUGCCCGCCUACAGCCGCUUCAUGCUGCGCAUGCAGACCUGGGUGCAUCGCUACCUCAUGCAUCGGGCCUACUGGUGGUCCUGGUUCUUCCGCGGCUUCUUCAACUCGCAGAUGCGACUGGCCAUCUUCCUCACCGAGAAGUUUCCCUUCCUCGCCUACUGGAUGUUCGGCAGGAAAAAGUCCCACGUCAACAUUUACAAAUUUCAUUACGACUGAUCGGCAGGAGAGAAAGAGCGCGCCGACGCGUGCGCUUUUAUUUCCGAGAUCGAUUUGCAUUCCCGCGAUAUACGGGACGAGUGAUUUUGAACGACGAUAUAAAUUUUUGUAUAAAAAAACAUGUUGCGUUAGAGGUGGAACGGUUACAUAUAUUUGUAGUCUAGCUGUUAUUUAGUCAAUUAUUAUCAAUUAAUGAGCUGUACAUUGUAAUUUUUCACUAGCACCUUUAAUUAUUAUUAUUAUUAUUUAUU